AUGCACAUCAAGUCAAUCCACUCCGAGGACAACCAAGGAAACGGCAUAACCGGAACCACUCGUUCGCACAUCAUCUCACGCUUCCACAAGGCUGCUCGUUUCGCCCAGAACCUGACCGAUAUCCUGAAAGACUACCAAGCUUCAAAGACAACCCACCAGGAUCUGCUCGAGGCUGAAGCCUACCGCGCCUCUCUUUCCGGAGCCGAACACUUCGAGAAGCAGUCCGAGGGUCGCGUCAACACGGAGAAUCCCUCGAGAUGGGAUUUGUGCCUGCGCGAGUAUUCUACUGCCCGUAUCAUCUAUGCAACCCUGUUUGCUCAAGGGAACAAGGACCUCUUCCGUGAGAUCCUCGCCAGCGCCGUCGAUCCUGCCAUCCGUUAUGCUGCCUAUCAAGCCCGCCUUCCUCGUUCAAUUCCCGUAUCUACUGUCGCUCUGCGCUACUUCCCCAAGGAUGACUCUACUCUGGUCGACCUGUUACAACAGCUCGACUCCAACGCCCUCAGCGAGACCACUACGGAAAUCAGUACGUCAAGCAAGCCAUCUAGUCUUGUGCACCAGAGUCACUAA